AAAAAAGCUGUCUAUAAAAGCCAUGCCUACUUUCUCCAAUUCGCUGCACUUUGAGAAAACAUAAAGACCGAGGAGGAGCCAUGUUCAGCAGAUCGCUUUGUCUUGUCGGUUUCUCCUUCGUCGGCCUUCUAGGGUUCCUUUGUUUCUCUGCCGCCGGUUCUCAGCCGCAGAGUACGAUAUGUCCUUUCCGAUCGAUCUAUCAGUUCGGCGACUCAAUAGCCGACACCGGUAACCUCAUCCUCAACGGCCCUGUCGGGGCAAGAUCCCACGCCGCCAGAUUUCCCUACGGAGAGACCUUUUUCAGACGUCCCACCGGCCGCUGCUCCAACGGCCAGCUGAUGAUCGACUUCUUCGCCCGAGCUCUUCAGCUUCCGCUUCUCAAGCCCUAUCUCGGGAACGACAAGUCCUUUCGCAACGGCGUGAACUUCGCGGUGGCCGGAAGCACGGCGCUCAACAGUUCCUUCUUCACGGCUCGAGGCCUUCACGUUCCCGCGACCAACACCCCUCUCGGCAAGCAGUUGUCGUGGUUCAACUCUCACUUGAGAUCCGUCUGCCGUUCAAACUGCUCCGAGAGGUUGAGGAGAUCCCUUUUCAUGGUGGGUGAGAUCGGAGGGAAUGACUACAACUACGGUUUCUUCCAAGGCAAGAGCGUGGACGAGGUCAGAGCCUUCAUCCCUCACGUCGUUCAAACCAUCGCUGCAGCCGUCAGAGAAGUGAUCAGACACGGAGCCGUCAGAGUCGUCGUCCCCGGAAACUUCCCCAUCGGAUGUUUCCCCAUCUAUCUCUCGUCGUUUCCAGCCAACGAUCCGAGGGCUUACGACGACAAAGGAUGUCUGAGGCACAUGAACGAGUUCGCGGUCGAACACAACAACGCCCUUCAGGCAGCCAUCGCUUCCCUCAGGCAAGAAUUCCCGCACGCGGUCAUAGUCUACGGAGAUUACUACGCGGCCUUCCAAUCCGUCCUGGGACGUGCAUCUACCCUCGGUUUCGACGAGAGAGCCGCGCUGAGAUCGUGCUGCGGCGUCGGAGGAGCGUACAACUACGACGGAAGCCGACAAUGCGGGGCGAGCGGCGUGCCGGUGUGUCCGAAUCCAGACCGAUACAUAAGCUGGGACGGAGUCCACUUGACGCAGAAGGCUUACAGGCACAUGUCCGAGUUCCUCGUCUACAACAUCCUCUCCCAGAUCCAGUGCGUCUGGUGACCUAUACAUGACAUAUAUAUAUAAGGCCAUUUUUUUGUUUUUUUUACGUUCAUGUAAUGAAAUAUUGAAAUCUCGAAGUUUAAAUCCAAAGCUUUUCACAUUCUCUAAACGAAAUUUUGGGUUC